CAUUUAAACUCUACUGUAUGUAGUUUGCUUGCAUUUCGUAUGAACUCAACAUCACUUAAGUCGUUUCGUUUAUCUGAUAAAAGGCGAGUGCAGUGAUCAUGGCUUGAUGAAUUCUGCCCCCUCUCUCCAUUUUGCAUCAAUUUUUUCAUUUCACUAGUAUUGAAACAUCAUUGAUUUUUCUUCGUUUUGUGGCACGAGAUAGAUCAAAUUAGGUGAGAGCUCCAUCUCAAUCCAAUGGAAGGCGAGAUCCACGAGAAACAGGAGAGUCUGAAGAAGAAGAUAUGGGAUGAGAACAAGAAAAUGUGGAUUGUUUCUGGCCCAGCCAUCUUGAGCCGAGUCUCGACAUUUGGUGUUCAUGUCGUCAGCCAAGCGUUCAUAGGCCAUUUCAGCUCCUCAGAGCUCGCUGCCUAUGCCCUCGUCUUCACUAUCCUCUUCAGAUUCUACCUUGGCACACUGAUGGGCGUAAAUGGUGGGCUGGGAACGCUCUGUGGCCAAGCAUACGGCGCCAAGCAGUAUCACAAACUAGGCACAUAUCUGCAGCAGCAGUGGCUUAUUCUGCUCGUGAUCACAGCUCUCUUAUCGCCUCUGUUUGUCUUCGCUGCUCCUAUUUUGAAAGCUUUAGGCCAGGAUGAACAUAUCGCUGAAGGGGCCCGGACCCUCGCCCUCUGGUUCAUCCCCGUGAUUUUUCUCUAUGCCAUUUGCUAUAGCUGCAACACGUAUCUGCAGGCACAGAGCAAGAACUUCAUUCUCUCGUGUUUUGCAGUUCUUUCCUUCUUGCAGCACAUCCUCGUCUCGUGGCUUCUAGCUGUGAAGUUCGAGUUUGGUGUUGGUGGUGUCAUGGUGUCUACUGUGCUGGCCUAUUUGGUCCCGAAUGUAGGCCAGCUCGCGUACAUCAUGUGUGGAGGGUGCCGGGAGACGUGGAGAGGCUUCACAACCGCGUGUUUUGAGGAUCUCGGGCUCAUCAUCAAGCUCUCUUUCUCCUCUGGAGUGAUGAUCUGCCUUGAAUUCUGUUACACUACUGUGCUGAUUCUCUUAACUGGCAACAUGGGAGAUGCUGAAGUCACAGUUGAUGCUCUUUCUAUCUGCCUAAACAUCAGUGGGUGGGCUCUUAUGAUCUCCUUCGGUUUCUUGGCUUCAGCAAGCGUUCGCGUCUCUAACGAGCUUGGCCGGAGGGACGCGAAAGCUGCAAAGCUCGCGAUUGUGGUGUCCGUGCUGACAUCUUUCGUCAUUGGAUUGGUGUUGUUUACGUUGUUUCUCGUGUUCAAGGAGAGCGCGGCUUACAUGUUCACGAAGAGCCCGGCUGUGGCCAAGGCCGUUGCUCGCCUCUCGCCUCUCCUUGCCGUCACCAUUCUCCUCGGUGGACUCCAACCAGCCCUUUCCGGCGUUGCGAGCGGGGCCGGACGACAAGGCGUGGUGGCUUAUGUGAAUCUUGGCUCGUAUUACUUGAUUGGAGUUCCUUUAGGAGUUGUUCUUGGUCAUGUCUUCGAUUUGCAAGUUAAAGGUGUUUGGAUCGGGAUGAUAAUAGGAAUCGUGUUCCAAACUUGUGUGCUGAUUAUCAUGACUUGCACGACUAACUGGGAUGAACAGGUAGCUCUUGCUCAGAUACGAAUCAACAAGCGGAGCUCUACGACAGACCAAACAAAUGAUGACGUCACGACUUAAUCCGCGUAUUAUACAACCAAAGCCUCCAAUUUCACACGAAUUUUCAUUGAAGGGAAAUUUGUUUUAUCACACAAAAAGCAGCUAUAUUGUGAAUAUUUUAAUUUUUGUGGCUAGAAUUUAUCUUUAUGAAAAUUCAAAUGUUCAAUGUAAGGACUAGUGUUCUGUUUUAUUUAUUUAUUUAUUUGUUAUUAUU